UGAUCAACAACAUAUAUAGUAGAUUAGAACUCACAUCUUUAACUCAUUCGAUGGCCGGUUUGAGGUCUUUAGCUCUCGUUGCAUUGCUUAUUUCAAGCUUUGUUGUUCUUUCGCAGAGCCGAGUGGCAAGAAAGGACCUGGGUGUGGAUCUGGGUGGGGUGGGAGUUGGCGCAGGCCUUGGAUUAGGAGGGAGUGGUUCAGGCUCCGGCUCGGGCUCGGGCUCUGGGUCUAGUUCUGGGGCAGGUUCAGCUUCUUCAUCAGGUUCAGGUUCAAGCUCAGAAGCAGGCUCAUACGCUGGAUCAUAUGCAGGUUCCAGGGCUGGGUCAGGAUCAGGCUCUGGGUCAGGCCAAGGGCAUGGUCAAGGUUCAGGUUCUGGCUCUGGAUCUGGUUCUGGUCAUGGUGAGGGAUAUGGGGAGGGCUCUGGCCAAGGAAGCGGCUCUGGUGAAGGAUCAGGCCAUGGCGAGGGUUAUGGCUAUGGUGAAGGCUCGGGACAAGGAAAUUAAAUGAUCAAAACCAAGGAGAGAACAAUAGAAGAAUAAAUGUUGGGAAGAAAUAAGUGGAUGAGACCUAUGUUUAUGUGACAUCUUUAUUAAUAGAGCAUGUUCUAUGCAAUAUGUAUUGACAUCUUGAAUAUAUAUUACCCAUAUUCUUAGAUAUUAA